CAACAGGAGAGGUCAAAAAGGUGAAACACACUUCAUCAAAUAAAUUAUGCUUUUUGUAGCGUCUCACCACCAAUCUGACAAUACACACUUUUUAAUCUAUUUGCCUAAACAAGAGUGUUUAGGCAAAUUUUGUUUCUAGAUCCUAUCUGGUUGUUUCCCUCCUGACCAUCUGCCAUUUUGCCUUCUCGCUCAUACUUGGCCCAGUGAUAUACUGUUUGCUCCUCACUCCUUUCCACAUUCUUUUUCGCCUAUACGCACCAAACUGGUUCACUGAGAGGCUUCAUCCUGGCCGGCACUAUUCCAGCCAAGGGGGAAGAGGAUUUCCUGACGCUGGCCGCUUCGCGGCUCAGCCGCAGGAAACGUGUCAUUGGCGCUGCUGUAGGUGUGGCAAUGGUCCUAAUAUUGUUGGUGGCCAUUCCCCUGUUGGUCCACACAACCAAAGGGGGGAACACGGGAAAUUCAGGGAGCCAUUAUGAAAUGCUUGGAAGCUGCCGGAUGGUAUGUGACCCUUUCACCACGUCUCAACCAGGCCAGGAGCUGGCAGCUGUGUCACCAGCGCCCCAGGAUUACUCUGGGAAGAAGAUAAAGUCAGGGCUUCGUGGGCCACCAGGGAUCCCUGGUCCUCCAGGAGUACGUGGACCCCCUGGGGAGCCAGGCAAACCAGGUCCUCAGGGGCCCCCGGGUCCAGGUCCUGGUGGCUAUUCGCCCUCACACUACACUCCCAAAAUUGCCUUUUAUGCAGGGCUACGCAAGCAGCAUGAGGGGAGUGAAAUACUGAAGUUUGAUGAUGUGGUGACCAAUGUAGGCAACUACUAUGAGCCCAGUACCGGCAAAUUCACCUGCCCUCUGCCUGGCAUCUACUUCUUCACCUACCAUGUUCUAAUGAGAGGUGGUGACGGGACCAGCAUGUGGGCUGACCUGAAGAAGAACGGACUG